AUUCUGAGCAUAUUCCACUGGAUAUUUUGUGCUGACCAAUUCCCAUUCAACUGAAUGGAAACUGCACAGAGGGAUAAUUUCUUAAUAAAUUGUGCCCUAUGUCAAAACAGAGGUUAAAGAAACCACUUCCUGUGCAUUUUAAUGCUGAAGCAACUCUUUCCUGUUACUACGAAACCGUUCAAAUAGGAUUUCCUUGUAUGUGCAAUCUUGAAUACGGUGCAUCGGAGGUCUGUAUGAGGCAAAAAACCCCACACCUUUCAGUAUACAUAGUAGGCAACCAAAGAUUCAGAAGAAGAAUGGAAUUCAGAUUGUUAUGUGGACUUUGGAUAUUAUUGGAUCUCUCUGUUUACUGUUACACUUCUAAUCCAACUAAUUUACCUGAUAUAGAAGAUCAACAGUUUAUACAGGACUGUGUGAACAAACACAACUAUUUUCGGUCCAAGGUGAGCCCCUCAGCAAGCAACAUGCGUCGUAUGACCUGGGACCCUUCUUUGGCAAAGACAGCCAGAGCAUGGGCAAAGAAAUGCCACUUUAAUCAUAAUAUCUAUCUUAAAACUCCUGGAAAGGCUCACCCAAACUUUACUUCAGUUGGAGAAAAUCUUUGGACUGGCUCACUUUCUCUGUUCUCUGUAGAACACGCUGUCCGUAACUGGUAUAAUGAAGUGAAGUAUUACAACUUUGAGAACAACGGAUGUACUAAAGUUUGUGGCCAUUAUACUCAGGUUGUUUGGGCAACAAGUUACAAAGUUGGCUGUGCAGUCCAAUUCUGCCAGAAAGUUUCAGGCUAUGAACAACUUUCCAAUGGAGCACAUUUUGUCUGCAACUACGGACCAGCUGGGAAUUAUCCAGUGCAACCUUACAAAACAGGAGGACCAUGCAGUGAGUGCAAUGGUGAAACAUGCGUAGACAGUCUAUGUGGGAAUCCAGAGCGUGAUCGAUGGAUGAGUUACUCCAAUUGGUCUCCAGACUGGGAUACUUCAUCACACUCAGCAUGUGACUCAUACUGUAUUGCCGUUUUAAUUUUAAGAACUUUUUUUGUAUUCUUUACUUUUGGCACUGUGGCCAUAUUAUCCAAGCAGUAUCCUCAAAUGUUUAUGUAUGAAUAAUCUCUCUAAGCUGGAUGUAGUAUCCAAUACAUGUUCAAGUUAUACUCAGUUUCUAAGUUUUAAAAAUGUAAGCUUCUAGCCGUCAAGGUUGCACAUAAAAUAUUGCCAGUAUGAUAGCAAUAAGUUCCAAAAACAGAACAGGGACCUUACACUUCUUCUUUCAAAUCUCAUUAUUGGCACUCUGGCUCAAGAGCUGUUAUUGCAGCAGCACUUGCACCACAGUAUGCUAGUCAGAAAGCUGUCCCUAAUUGGCAUCAUAUCGGUCUUUUGGGACUUUGUCUUCACAGCUUAAAGGUUUCUGUUCUGUGGUUUCAGCAUUCCACUGUUGCUACUGGCUGCUUCUUUCCUCUCCGUGCUUCAUUUUUUGCCCACAUCCUCCUAUGCAUUUUGCUUCCUCGUGGAAAGCUACAGCCUUUGCUCCCAAUUUUAUGCCCUUCACAAGAAACCACAGGACUGAACUAUAAAUACGUUGGAAUGUGCAAUACCAGAACUCUCACAGGCUGGAAACAUUGCUCACAGUGUGGUUCAGGUGAUCUCCUGGGACACUCUUCCCACAAUGCCUGGCUUUGAGGAGGGACCAUGUCAAAGCCAGGUAUUUGGGCUUGACUGGUUCUCUGAAGAGCCACACUGGCUGCUUCCUCUGGCCAAUGUGGGUCCUCAGAGAGCCCACUCUCUGGUUUGUACUGAGGAUUCUCAACCCAAGCCAGAGGGCAAGUGGCUGGGAGUAGCUGCUCAUCCCUUUUCACUCUAAGGAGAACCUACCUGCCUGCUCUGUCUCAUUCUAGGGGAAUUCUCAGAGCAAAACAAAGGAUAGGCAGAUACUCUGGAGAGUCCUGCCAGCUGUUGCAUUUACCACAGCAGGUGAGUGUGGGAGUAAGCACCCACUGUAAUGCCACAAGGUGGGUGGCUGCUCUGGAGAGCCGUCCUCUCCCACGGCAGCAAAUGCCAUGGCAGGAAAGCAGCCGGCCAGGCUCUCUGUUACACCUGAUUGAGGAGGUAGGGACCCCUGAAUCCUGGCAGGGGGAGGGCACAAGUCACCACCCCUCCUGCUCUGCUGCCUGAGCUGAGGGAUUCACCCUGCCUCAAGGAGGGCUGGUCCUGAAAAUAGAGUGUUACUCUUAGAUAUUUGUAGCUAAUGCAGGUAUGGUCUUACCUAGCUCAUGAGCAGGGAGGAAAUGCCUUUAAUGUUUGAAUUAUGAGUCACCUGCUUUUUUAAGAACAAUUUUUUAAAACAAAUCAGUUGCACUAAUUUGGAUUUGAACCUUUUCCCCUACUCACACACUAAAUCAGGGGUAUUGAAACUCUUUCAGCCCAAGGACAAAAUUCAACUUUUGAGAAGCUUUUGGACUUCAUUUCAGUGGGCAUGGCUGAAGGCAAAAUGGAUUGGAAUCAAAAUACUAACAAUAUCGGCAUAUUUUAGCUCAAAGCUCAUGCUGCUAAUAGCUAUGCGUCAGAGAAAUAUUUUGACCUUUUAGAAUGGGGGAGAAAUUCUGCAAAUACUGGGAAGCCACCAAACAAUUGGUGGACAACUGACAGUUGCAGAAGGGGGUGUGGCUGUGUGAAGGGGGCACACUCAUCUGGGGAACCCUGGAGGGCCAGAUUUGGUUCUGCAAAUAGUCCCCCUUACCACCACCACCUUGGAAUCACCCAUCCAAGUAGGAGCAGAGUGGUGAUUUACACAUGCAUAUGUAAGUUGGACAACCUCUCCAGAAUGAUAUGAUCAAUGUGAUUGUAUCAAAAGCUCAAGGGAAUUAACAAAAUUGUGCUUGCUUAUAACUUACUCUCCAUGUACCCCUCCACUUUUCCUUGGACUUUGAGGCCCAAAUUGAGAUGGGGAGCAUGGAGUGUCUGGGCCCCAGCAAAGAUGGUCCACAUUUACAAAUAGAAAACUAUUUUAUGUUGUAUGUCAUAUAGUUUAUUAUGUGUCUGUGUUUUGUUUUUACUGAUGAGACCUGAAAUCCAAAUCCACUGAAAUUCAUCAGAUUUCAUUCAGAGAAAAAAUGUAUUUAGAACUGGGGUACAAAACUUUUAACAAAAUUGGGGAGACAUCCUCCUUAUCUUCCUCCUUAUCUUCAACUCUUGAUACUCUUGCUCCAUCUACAACUCGGAUAGUUCGCCCUUCUCAACCCCAACCGUGGCUCACCUCUUUCCUCCGCUACCUUCGCUCUUAUUCCCGGGCAGCUGAACGCCUUUGGCAUAGGACCAGGGACUGGGCGGGCUUUGUCCAUUACAAAUUUGUA